GUCGCCUUCGUCUCCCCGCAGAACCACCCCAUCCUCGUCCGCUCCUUCUCCCAAACGCACGACGACCUCCUCAAAUACCACUACAUCGCACACACAAGCCUUGACGUCGUCGAUGAGCGCAUCGCCGCCGCGCCAAAGUCGGUAGAGUGCUACCUCGGCUUCCUCUACUCCAUGGAGGACGUCGCCGUGUACGCCUACAUCACCCCGCCAAAGGUCAAGAUCAUUCUCGCCCUCGCCCUCACCGACGCCGUCGUCCGCGACGCAGACAUCAUCACCAUAUUCAAGGCCCUCCACCUCGCGUACUACCGCUCCGCCGCGAACCCCUUCCUCAGACUCAAC